AUGAGCUGGCAGGUGGUUCCGGGUAUGGGGUCGAACGUAGGCAACGGCAUGGGCGGGCCUGGAGGGAACGAGAUGGGCGGCGCGAUGCAGGGCAACGGCGGCAACCAGCCUCAUGCGACCGAGUAUACACUACAGGGUGUUAUGCGCUUCCUCCAAACCGAAUGGCACCGUCACGAGCGGGACAGGAAUGCUUGGGAGAUUGACCGCCAGGAGAUGAAGGCUAGGAUAGCUUCCCUCGAAGGCCAGGCAAGAAGGGCCGACGCAACGCAAAAGGCACUUAAGAAAUACGUCGCCAUUCUCGAGAAGAAGGUUAAAGACCAGGCUGCACAGCUCAAGGGCGGUGCCAAAGCAGGCGAAGAUGCUGCAAAUGCUGAAAAGGAUCGCGCUGCCCUGGUCCAGGAGAAGCUCCGACCUUCCUCCAAGAAACCAUUCGAUGCCCAUGGUGGCGAGCUCGACGUCGAUAAAGCCGACGAUGAAUCGCAGCGGGCCGACCUCAAGUCUUUCCUGGAUCAGUGCCAGGCCGAGUUUACCUAUCUGAUGAUUACCCCGGCGAAUCCUCUACCACCACGAGAUUCGCCCCCUCUCCCUAUACUCGAGGACCUGCGCGAAGGCGAGCCGUUUGGCGUACCUGGUGGUAAGCCAUUCCAGGAGCCGCCCUUCCCCUUUGCCUCAUCGUCUCUUGUGCCACAAAACCAUGUCCGCGAAGCCAACCGCCCACCUCCCGCCCCGAAUCAUGCACCCCCGAUGCAGCGAAGUCAACCAACGAGUUUCCAAGUCAAACCUGUCGAUCAGCAACAGCAACAGCAACUACAGCAGCAGCAGCAGCAGCAUCAACAACCACAACAACAGCACCAACAGCAAAUGCCACCCCCCGCACAAGAACCUGCACCCCCUGUCAUGUAUGCCGCCGGCACUGAAUGGCCUCAGCCGAUGUCGGCAACUGGCCGUAUGCUCGACGACAAUAUGCAACGCCCCAGCCAUGCCGUCGAGUCCAUCAGUAGCGUAGAGCCAACGGAAGAAUCUCAACCUAGUCGCCCUGCCCCUGAGACCGACGGCUGGGACUUCUCCGACGGAUCAUUUGCCGAUGCCAACUCGUCGCAAUCUCUACAGCACAUCACCAACAGGCCCGAUACCGACGCAUUCCCCACCGCAGACAAUCUUCCAAAGUCGCCCAACCGUGGACCGAGCUCCCAUCGCCGCAAAGGAUCAAUGUCGCGGAGACGCAGCGCAGACCACGAGCUAUCAUUGAAUUCGGCUGCUCAGAAGGCCGAAACGGGCAAUUUCAAACUUCGAUUCGGCCUGCGAGGCCAUCUGGACACCGUACGCACCGUCAUCUUCUCUGGUGGUGGCAGCCCCGGUGAACCUGAGAUCUGCACAGCAGGCGAUGAUGGCAUGAUCAAGCGAUUCCACAUUCCUCGUGCCGAUAACCAUGGCCAGACCAAUGCUGCGUCAGAUCUCGACGUGACAGCUAACUUCUCUCAUCGUGGUCACGCUGGAGGCGUGCUCUGUUUGACGUCCUGGUCGCCUUCGCCAAACUUCUCCACCGGUGGUCGCGCCCAAGGUGACGGCUGGAUCUUUUCCGGCGGUCAAGAUGCUACCAUCAGGGUAUGGGAACGUGGUAGAGUUGACCCCAAGGCUACCCUCGAGGGCCACACCGACGCUGUAUGGGCGUUGUGCGUGCUGCCGACCACAUUGGGCGCAGUCUUCGGCCAGAACAGCCAAUACGGAAGCCCCGAUCGUAUCCUGCUCGUCUCUGGCGGCGCUGAUGGAUCUGUCCGUCUGUGGUCCGUCAGCGCGCCGCCUCAGUUGACCUCACCUCAGCCGGGAACGAACAGAGCUGGUCCGACGGGCAGCAGAGGCCGUGUCCGCGGUAAUUCGAUGAGUUCUGGAAGUGCCUUCUCUAGCACCCCGCAGCCCAAUAUGGCAUCGAGCUCCCCCUUCAACCACACGCUUGUCCACAACAUUAAGAGGCCGGAUGGCUCUGACGCCAGCCCUACAUGCAUCACUUCCCUCAGCCCUAGCGGCGACACGUUCGUCGUCUCUUACUCUGACGCAGCCAUUCUCGUCUAUGAUACCCGGACAGGUGAACAGACUGGCACAAUGGACAGCUCCGAGACAUACGACGGUUCAAUCAACACCAGUGUCAACGCUGUUGUUGCGACAACAGUUGGUUUGGAACAGCCCCAGGGCGGGCUGUCUGAGGAAGAUGGCAGUGCCGGCGGUGGACCAACCGGUGGUGGAGGCAGAUCCAUGGCAGGAUCCGGGGUUGAAGGCGUCAUUAUAUCUGGACACGAGGACCGGUUCGUCCGCUUUUUCGAUGCUAACAGCGGCCAAUGUACCUACAACAUGCUGGCCCACCCGGCAUCGAUUUCGGGCCUAUCACUUAGUCCAGACGGCCGCGAGCUUGUCAGCGCAGGCCAUGAUGCCUCGCUGCGAUUCUGGAGUCUCGAGAAGCGAUCCUGCACGCAGGAGAUUACGAGUCACCGCAUCAUGCGUGGUGAGGGCGUCUGCUCUGUUGUCUGGAGUCAAGACGGCAAGUGGGUUGUUAGCGGUGGUGGGGAUGGCGUGGUGAAGGUAUUUGCGCGGUAG